AAAUAAAAUCUCAUAUAAUAUUAAAUUAAAAAAAAUAUAUGAAUUAUCUAAAAUUUAAAGAUUCUAUUAGUUGGAUCAAAACUUCAAAAAGAGGAUACUUGUUUAAGAUUAUCAAUAUCACCAGAAGAGCGACUUACAGUUACAUUGAGAUAUUUAGCAACGGGAACAAACUUUUCAGCUCUUCAUUUUGAUUUUUUAAUGGGUGUUUCAACCAUAAGAAACAUUAUACGAGAGACUUGUGAGAUACUUUGGUCAGAGUUACAACCUGUAGAAAUGGCUGUACCGAGCACCGAAGAUUGGCUAAUCAUCGCUGAUGGUUUUUAUAAAAAAACACAAUUUCCUAAUUGCAUUGGUGCAGUAGAUGGGAAACAUGUUCGCAUUGAAUGCCCCAAGAAGAGUGGAACCCUAUACUUUAAUUACAAAAAUUUUUAUUCUAUUGUACUUCUUGCUGUUUGUGACGCCAACUAUUGUUUCCGAAUUAUUGACGUAGGAUCUUUUGGAAAAGAUAGCGACUGUAAUAUCUUUAAAAAUUCAGCAUUCGGUAAAAAACUCUACGCGAAUCAAAUCAAUUUCCCAUCUGAAAAUGUAUUACCCGAAGACAAAAAAGGAACACCCCAACCUUACGUAAUUGUUGGAGAUGAAGCUUUUGCUUUAAACAAACAUUUGUUGAGGCCUUUUCCAGGAAAAUCGUUAAAUAACGAAAGGAGGAUUUUUAAUUAUCGUUUAUCAAGAGCUCGGCAAAAUAUUGAGUGCUCGUUUGGAAUCCUUGCAAACAAAUGGAGGAUAUUCCAUACAUCUAUAUUGGCUUCUCCGGAUUUCGCAAUAAAAAUAACAAAGGCAGCAUGUGUUCUACAUAAUUUUGUGCGACGCAGAGAUGGAUAUAAUUCCGAAGAUACCCUUAACUGUAAAAUGGAAGAUUUUAAUGAAAAAAAAGGUGUUGGAAACGCGCCAUCAGAAGCAAAAGAAGUUAGAGAAUAUUAUGUCAGAUACGUCAACUCAGUGGAACAUUCUUUAAGUUGGCAAAAUAAAGUUAUAGGUUAAGUAUAUCUAUAUAAUUUUUAUACAACAGCGAUUUUCACUAAAUUUCAACAUUUUAUAAAUUAAAAU